AUGUUAACCUCAUCAGAAAAUGGGUACGCUAGCAGCAAUACUCAGGUCGGCUUUGACUCACACUGCAUCUUUAAUAUCUCUCUUUGUUUGUUUGUUUGUUUAGUUCUCCUCCCCGUCGGUGUACUGGGUCAGAAACCGGUGGUGAUCAAUUUCCAGACAAACCCAGUGUUGUCUCAAACUGGUACUGAUGUAGUGUUCACAUUGCUGAACCUACCAAGUGUCCUGACCAUCACAUGGUUUUAUGAGAACAGGUCUUUGGGCGUGUGGGCUGGAGGGACCUCAACGGUUGAACCACCAUCGCAGUUCCAGGACAGGGUCUUCAUCACUGCCAACACGCUCAGAAUUGGAAGAGCCCAGCUCCGGGAUGCAGGGAGCUACCAGGCAAUGGUGGUUCCCACUUCUAACACAAACCUGUCUGUGAACACCGGAUCAGUACAGCUGAGAAUGUUUGAUGUCGUAGCCGGAGUGAGUUUGUCUGUGCCUUUAGUACCAUUGGAUGGGGGAAAUGUGUCUCUGAGUUGUACAUGGACUGCUGGGACGGAGAUUACAGUCCAGUGGGGCAAAGGAGGCUCAACAGUCACUGCUGACUCCAGGAUCACCAUCUCCGGUGGCUCUCUCAUCAUUAACCCAGCCAGACGGAGUGAUGCAGGGGAGUACACAUGUACAGCCAGCAACCCUGUCAGUGCCCAAACUGCCACAAAGAGCCUCACUAUCUACUAUGGCCCUGACACCCCUGUGCUGACCAAGGACACCCCGAAGCAGUGUGUCGGGGGAGGGGACGUGGUGGUGGGACAGACGACGCGUCUCACCUGUACGUCUAACUCGCUGCCUCCUGCGCUCUUCUCUUGGCAACUCGACGGACAGCCUAUCACAAAUAGCCAGCCGGACAGCGGGGUGCUCACCAUUCAGACUUCUUCGAAAAAUCAGAGCGGCCGAUACGCCUGCACGGCCAGAAACACCAUCACUGGAAACACGUCAACCCAGAGCACAGUCUUUGCCGUCGUGGACGUAUGCUUCAGCGCAGGGGAAGUGGCGGGGAUUGUGAUUGGCUCUUUCCUGGGCAUCGUAAUUAUCGUGCUCCUCAUCGUGCUCAUUUUCUUUCUUGUGCGAAGAAGGGAGGCAUUAAGACAAAGGGAAACUGCGCUGGUUCCAAAGACCAACCCAAAUCAAAGGCCUGUGCCCCCAGAUCCACAGCCUAAUGGUAGAAGGGAUUUGGAUCAAGGUCCCAAUCCUCCCCUCUAUCAACACAACUCUGACCGCUUAUACAGAGCUGCACGCCAAAGCCUUGACAACCUGCAGACACUGCCGCCAAAUGGGCUGCGUAACUCUGACACACGCCAACACAAUGGCCAUACGCACACAAAUGGACUCCUACACAAUGCUAUUCAGAACACCAAUUCAUAUCCACAUAAUGGCAUUGACAACCCGGCUUUCGUGCAGACCGAUGCUCAGAAUACGAACACACUGCCAAACACACAGCAGCAAAAUCCUAACAUUCUCAUACAGACCGGCCCUGCCCAGGGCGGCGGCCAGCCGCAGGCGGUUCAUGUCAGCCUUAACGCGCUGCCGCAAACUACCCAGCCGAACAACAAUGCACAGUUUCCCGCCAUUCAUGUCAAUCUUAACUCGUAUCCAACUGGUGGCCAACAGACACAGCAAGACAUUUCUUUUCCCUUUACCAAUGCAGCCAAUAAUAAUGCUUCACAAAUCCAACACAGCCUGAUGCCUGCAGGGCAGUCUAAUCCCAGAAUGCAAAGUGGCAGACCCUAUCCUAGUGACCCCCAGGAUGCUCAAGUAAACGCAUAUCAGCAAGAUCAACCGGGACUUAUUCCAACUGGAUACACACAUUAUAACAGUAAUAACACUUCACAGAGGAAUGCCAACACACAAACAUACCAGGAACCAGAAUCUCACAGGAGGUCUGACAGGAACUCUGGAAGACAAGAGGCCACUCCCAGUUCCUCCCAUCGACAGAUGUCUUGGGAUUUCCUCAGAGGGACACCAGCGUAUCCCAACGGCACGCAAAACAGAGGACACACAUCCUCUGAGUACACCAGUGAUGCUACAGACUAUACCAGCCAUGCUCCAAUACGCGAAGGAAGAACAACAAACAGAUCUCAGCCUCGAACUCAGAGACAAACUGCUAACCGUAGCAGGACUCCACCCAGACAAGAUGCAUCAUUAGCUGACAGACGCUCGCGGCAACACUCGGCUGAUUUUCAGCAGGUACUCUCUGGCAUUUUAACCCAGCAUGAGUCCUCACAACGCACACAGAGAAGCCCCCACACACAAAGGGAAAGUGCUCAGCGAGACAUCAGAGGUUCGCCUCGUAGCCAGUCUGCCCCCAGGCAGGAAGCCACUCACAGCAAUAACCCCCAGGCACUGCCUCCCACUGCCUCUGUAGGCCACUCUGCUGUCUCACAAGGACCCACCAUACAACAGGGACUGACUGCACCGCAGGGUGCGGACACAAGAGCUUUGGCUGAUCCUAAUCAUCUUCAACAAGCACACAUGGUUCAGCAAAGAAAAACAGCACCAAUUCAAACAGCACCACAAGGCGUGGGUACACAGACACAGCCUGUCACACAUGGUGCUGGUCAAGCUCCCCAAAGGGGCACUGCUCCAGCCCCAUAUCCCUCCACCCAGCAAAAACCCAGUAAUCUAACCCAGGCUGCACUCAAAGCCCACACUGCAAGGGCUCAGACAUUUCAAAAUCGGAGACAGCAGACCCAGGCUGCCCUGCUUCACCCCGGACCACAGACUCAAGCUCCAGCUGCUGGGGAUCAGCACCCACCGACUCCUCCUCCUGUUAUCCCCCUCAGAGAGUUUCAAACGCUCCCCAAAGAGCGCAAACACCACAAAUCCCCUGGUAGAGGCCCGGAGCCCCCAAGACCUCCAGUUAAUAUGCCAGUGGCUCAGCGACCCGAUGCGCAUCGCCAUCACACCGUGAUGCCUACCAACCAUCAUCACCAACCUCGGAAUGGCCACAUGCAUGUCACCGCACACAGGCACGGCCACGCUCAUGCUCAUGGCCAUGGGCAACCUGCCCACUUAGCUCACCAAAGGCAGCAACAGGCUCACAGAGGGAGACCAAGAUGAUGACAGAUGUCAGCAAACUACACUCUGCAACUGUCCUGUGAACAAACAGCCGACAGACGGGAUCCAAUAUACCACCAAGCAAGACUGACUGCACGGGGUUUAGCACUUUAAAAAGCUGUCAAACGCUGUCAUAACUGACUCCUGAAAUCAGUUAUUUUUUUUAUGGAAAAAAAUAUACGAAGACUGGGGUGAGAAAUGUUUUCUGAAAAGAUAUUAGAAAUUAUCUUAAAGGAGGUUCGAGCUACCCUUUUUAAGGGGAAAAAAAUUACACUUACUACAAAGCUCCAUAAUCAACAAACCUUUGGGAAUACAAUAACUGUGUCCCAGACCCAGUUAUAGGACUGCUUUGUACUUCUGAAGCACAGGUCAUGUAUCACAAUUUGCCAAGGGCCUGUUUUUUUUUUUUUUAAAGUGCAGUGAUCCAUAGGACCUGAAGAAGUUCAUGUCCUCUCAUCUAUUCAUCAGCAGCACUAAACAACUAAACUGCCCAAAUAAAAUGCACACGAGGUAGCUGCGUGAAUAUCCGUGACUACCUGAGCCAAUAAUGACAAACAAUAAAUGAGAAAGGACCCUGCACAAGAUGGACUCGGCCCCUGGGAGCAGUCAUGAAUGAUGAAAUUAGCAGCAGGGGUGGUCUUGAUUUACUUGGAGCUAUUUAUUUCGUGCCUUCUGUUUACAGAUGCCUCUUAUGACACUUCUCAAUUAAAGGGAUUCGCUCCAGUGGUGCUGGGAAAUAAUGCUGUGCUUACUAUGAGGGGGAUCCCCCCAAAUGGAUGGGCGCCUAUUAAUUAAAUGCUUUUAUGUGACUUAAAUGACUUGGAAAAUAAUCAUACCCGUGCACGAAUGAGGUCAGCACACACACACAAAAAAAACCCCUGAGCUGCCGCAGUUUCUGCUGAAAAAGCAGUGUAACAAUUUACGGGUUCGUAGACGGCUCAUUAAAAAUGAAAGAUUGUCGUUAUUAGCUUUAUUAGGUAUUUAUGCUUUUUUUUCUUUUUUAAACUCAGGGUAUAAUUUUAUAUUGAUGAUAAGUUGCACUAAUUGAUAUCGGUGGUGUUGUUUCGUAUGUUUUAUUUAAUACCGAUAUAGUUCUCUGUUUCUCCUAACAGAACCAACAGCUCGGGCACUGUGUUGCACCAAAUGUGUAACAAAAAGUUGGAAAUGAAUUGUGUCACAUACAUUUUGUGCUGGCUAAAAGUUCAAAGGGUUUAAAAUGUCACAUCCCGAGCCUCCAGCAAAACCAUUUACCGCUAGUAUGCAUCUGUUGCGAUUUUUUUUUUUUUAAAAAACAGGGCAGGUUUGUGACCUUUUUAUUAUUAUUAGCAGACAAAAAGUGGAUAUGUCAAUCAAAGCCUCAGGUUAAGAAAUUGAAAAGUCUCCUUUCUUCCCCUGGAACUUAUUUGGCAUUAAGAAUACACAUCACAGAAUAUCCCCAACUCUGUUCUUUAAUAUUGAAAUGAAUAAGCUCAGCGUUUGAAACCAACAUGAAAAACUACGCAGCGCAUAUGGAAGCUCCAACCAGACAUCUGGAGCACCAUAAUUCCUUUGGUUCUUGUUUUGGAAAAUGAAUGCUUGUAAACAGUUCAUACAGAUGUUCCAAGUGAGAUGAUAAAAGUACAGUAUUUAUCAGGAGAAGAAUUUGUAUAUAUUUGGGAUUAAUGAACAGAUUUGUAUUUUUAUUUUAUCAAUAAAAAUAAAGAUAUUUUGCUA